AUGGACCUGGACAGUGAGGAAGAAGCCUUGGAUCUCAUUGUGCAGCUGCAUCCCAGCAUUCCCCCCAUCCCGCGCACGCGCUGGACAGGGCCCAUUGCGAUGAGGGGACGAUCACCGAGAGGGAGAGCCAGGGGCAAAGGCUUUGGAAAGGGUGAACCAGCUGCAGUAGCCAGCGCGGCUGCGAGAAUGUGGGCCUCAGAGAUGCUACAGCGGCUCAGUCGCUUCGAGCGGCGCCGGAGGGAUCGGAGGGAUCUGCACUUGACGAAUCUGGAGAAGCUGAAGCGGGUGAGGCCGCGUGAGAAAGGAGGCCAAUGCAUCAUCAAGAGAACGCUGCAAGGCCUUCUCUAUGCGAAACUCGAUGGAGACAGUGCGGAGCGCAUCUUCCAUUUCUUGGGUCCGGGCUGCGAUUUGCAGCUGCAUGUAACCAAUGAGUUCAACUUCGAUAAGGCCCUCCAAGAGAUGAACAGGUAUUCUGAGGCGCGUGCCAAGUUCAGCAAGGGCCGUUGCUGCGGCAUCUGGCUCUGCUCGGGCACCCACCGCGCGCGCACGCGGCUGCGCUGCGCGGUGACGGUGCUGGGACCUGCGAACCGUGAAGCGCAUGUGGCAGCUGCAGAGUGGACCAUUGCGGCGGAAUAUUUGGCGCUGAAGUCGGUGAAGGUCUAUCCGCCGGCCUGCCUGCGCAGUGAGCAGUUCCACACUCUGCUGAAGGUUUGCGCUGGCAACUUGUGCCUGAAGGACUGUGACUUCCAUGCGCAGCAGCUACUGCAGAACUUUCAGCCACCUAGAUGGGCAUGGCUGACGAGUGCGCAGCAGGGGCUGAGGAACCCGAGUCAUACAACAGGUCAGUACUGCAUCAAGGUUCACAAAGCCGCCCGUGUUUUGGUGGAGAAUUGCAACUUUUACUCCGCCAUCAGCACGGCACUGGACCUUCGUUGUCCUAAGGUUUCAGUGUCCCAGUGCGCCUUUGUGGAUUGUGGCGCUGGCAUGGAUUGUGGGUUGAAUUCACAGCUGCAAGCGACGUAUCGGACGAGCCGCGCCCGUCCCAGCGUUGAAGUCUUGAGUUCCAGGUUCGAACGCGCUGGCUCCAAGCGCUCCGACGGAUCCCAAGGAUCCGGCGGGAUCUCCCGCCCCGCCUUGCUGGUGCGGAAGCAGUUCGCUCGAGCUGUCGUGAAGGAUUGUGUGUUUCAAAACGUCUCGGAUGCCAUCGCGACGAAUUGCACAAGUCAAAUUCUCUCGAAUAAAAUUACGCUGGCGGACACGGCGAUUUUGGUGAAUGGUGUGAACGGUCAGCACAGAAAGAGAGUUUCCAAGGAACCGGAAGAUGAAGAAGCGUCGGUCUUUAUCGGUUUUGAUGAAUGCUCUGCAAAAUCGGUCCUGCAGUCGUGGGAGAUUCCCCAAUGUGUCCCAGAUGCAUCCGUGCUCAAUAUUCUGUCCAAGCCGGAGUUCCUGCCAUUGAACAUGCGCACCGGAGAAUAUAAGAAGCUUUCGGGAACGGAUGUGCUCAAAAUGAGAAUUAAGGAUGUUCGUCAGCCCUUGCCCAACGUGAUGGCUGCCCAAGGGUCUCAACACAUGUUGCCUCCGGACCUGUUGGAAAAGAAGGGAUUGUACUCCUUCUUAGUAGAGGUCAAUGGAUGCCUCAGGUUUGCCAUGCCGUUUGAGAUUUGCUCUGCAAUGGGCUUUCCUGCCACGACUGCUCUACCUGACUCAUUUCAAGAUGCAUGGCACAUGGUAGGUAAUGCACUUGCUGUGCCACAUGCAGCCUUGCAAUGUUUCCGUGCCAGGGUGCUCUUAGGUGAAAUGUCAGGCUUCGCAGGUGAUGUCAAGAGCGUGCAGGAAUUGUGCCAACUUGUUUUGCAAAUGAAGUGCAAUUUGGGGGACUAUGAUGUGAUCCAUGCUGAUGGAAUCAUGCGAUUGCAGUUGAAACGCCAAACAAUUUGCAACAUGCCAGCAACAGUGAUUGAUUCAAGUGAUGAUGAAGAUGUUGAUGGGAAUGAAGAUGAGUUGGCCAAGCGACCAUGUAUUUCUCCAACAUGGCAGUGCAUUCAUGAAGAGCCAACGCUGAUCCCAGAACUCAACAGGAAUGAAUGUCCGGACCUUGCAUCGACAACGGUUGGAACUCGAACUGUUCCAAUUGGCAUGCCUUUCUUUCAUCAGAUAGGUACGGACCUUCACGCAUCUGCGGAAGGACAGGUUGUCGUCAGAAUCAUGCAUUCGCAGGGCUUCUGGGUUGCAGCUUUCAUCAUCCCCAAAAUGUGGUCCAUCAAAGACAUACUGCAGUCAGCGCUCCCACAUGCCAGACAGGAACACUUUGAUCAUAUUGAGGUGAAUGGUGCCAAAGCCUGGUUCGGGUCAACCCCGAUUGGUGAAUCCAGGUUGAAUAUUUUCUUCAAGCCCUUUUGCUUUGCUCGAACGGUUGUCACCAGUUUCAUGGAGUUGGGGCUUGCAAUUGAGGUUGAUGUCACCUGGAAAUUUGCUGAUUUGUGUGCCUAUGUGGCAACUGAAGCUGCAAUCUUGCCAACUUGUUUGAAGAUUGUUGUGGAUGGUAGGGUCAUGAUGUCGAGUGAGUUCGUCCUUGCCACAUCGGAGCUCCACUUCAAAGCAGUGGCCGUCACCAAUGAGAUUGGAAUUCCACGACAACUGGAAGAGCCCAGUGUCAUCCAGGUCAGUGAAGCAGUCCAUACAGAUGAAAGCACCCUUUUCCAUCCGGGGGUUGUGAGGUUCACCAUCCGAAACCCAAAAUGGGGUACCAUUCGUUCAUGUGCUGCUCUCAAAGAUGAACUAGUAGGACAGGUCAUUGGACGCCUGCUACCUGACUUUCUUGAGAAUGCAAUCCCGAACAUGUGCCAUGGAGGAGAAUUGAUUGACCCAACCACCACAGUUGGCCAACUUCCUGAUGGUGGAAUUGACAUCUGGUUUCCUACUGCCAAGCCAUGGCCUCCGGCGGAAGUGGUUAUCACCAAAUUUGCGAUCAAAAGUGCCUUUUCUGUGAAUGAGUUGCCGUGCCUGCAAACCUGGGUCAAAGGACCUUUUGACUUUCGUGCCAAUCACAGGAAGUUGCCGAAAAAUGAAACACUUUUGCAAAUCGCUGCCAGAUUCCUUGCCGAUGCUAAGAACGACCUGACGCUCCUGGUCAUGCAAAACGGGAAAGGUAUUGAUCCAAGAUUGCUUGUUCAUCAGGUUGCCGCUGAUGCCACUAUCGAGUUCAGAGCAUGUGCAUUGCCUGGAGGAGCCAAGGGAUCAACCAAGGUUAAUGAAGCCAAUGCCAAGAAACUUCAAGUAAUCCUUGGCCAGAAAGGAGUCCCGGAAGAAGCAGUGGCAGCACGUGCUGCUUUGCUGGUAGGUACAAUUGAUGCAAAUGAGCUCACCACCAUCCUGACGAAAGAUGAACGAUCUGCAUGGGAUGAACUCAAGACCAAAGCCAACAAGGCGAAGAUCCGUAUGAUCACGAACUCCGAACUCAAGGAGCAUCAGAAAAAACAAAGGAAAAUGGCGUCAGAAGGAUCACUCCCUGGAAAGCCUGCCAAGAUUGGAAGAAAGGACAAGCCUGCAUCAUCGAGCGAUGAACCAUUGAAGAAAGUUUUCAUUGACCCCAAGCACUUCCAAUGUGAUUCAGGCAAGAUCAACAUCAUUGACUUGGCGCAGUGGGGCCCAGAUCAGUGUGGCAUCGCCAUUGCAACGACGGCUGAAGCCAAUAAGAUGACGCCUGUGGAUAAGAUUUCCCCUGAGGCCCUUGCACUGGUUGUUUUGACAAAGGAUGUCUUUGCAGGUCAAGUGCCAAUUGCAUUACCAGCCACGGAAAUUACUGGUCGGCCGAUUCUCACGUCAGCUGUGGUGUUGAACUUUGGUGACAUUGAAGUCCAUUGCAAACCAAAUCUGCCGAAGGUUGAUCUCCUUGAGACCCCAACUGCUACCCUGGAAGUUUUCAUCAUGAAGAACUUAGUCAACCAAUGGCAAGAUGUUCAGAACCCACUGAACUAUUUAGGCUUGCAGUUACCUGAAAUUCGCAAAGGUCAAGUCAUUGCGUCUUGGAACUUCAGGUCUUACGAUGAUAACCGACAGAAGUGCAAGCAUGAAAAUGCCCAGUAUGUUCAUGGGUUUGUGAAAAUUCCAGAGGACGUCCUUCAACCAACCCUCAUUCGUUCUGGACAGGCAGGGGUGUUUCUCCAAGUGAAAGCCGAAAACAAAAAGCCAGACCCUCGUUUUGGAAUUGUGCCCAUGCAUGGUCAGUCUCUUGAGGAAGUGGUCAAGCUAGCCAAGACUCUGAAAAAUGUCUUGGGUGUUGUUCAGAUGGGACAGAAUGGUGUUUUUGCUCUGAGAGCGAAGCGCGAGCACAUCCAGGAGAUUAGACGCAAUGCACUGCCUCAAGGAAUUUCAUUGCAGGAAGGUGAAAUCCCUGCUGGAGCAUCAUGGUGGAUCUUGCGCAACCUCAAUGCCUCCACUACUUGUGAUGCGGUCACUGCAGCGCUGCGGGAACUAGGAUGGGAUGCAAACGCCAUUCGGCCAAAUGGGAAGAACACUUGGGUGGUAUGUUCAGCAGAUGAGCCCCCUGCAACACACCUUUGCAUUGGAAGUGAUUAUGUUGCUGUUACUCCUGCAAGGAGUCAGAAUGGUCCCAAAGCAGUCGACAUGCCAGUGUCAGUUGCCCAGGCGGGAGCCAAUUUUUGCCCAAGCAUGUGCCCAGAAGAAUCAAUUGGUGAUACAACGACCCAGUCAACUGUCACUUCACGCAUUGACAAUAUCAAAGCGGAUUUGAAAGCAGAUCUUGAGGAUCGAAUCACUGCCAUGAUCCAAGACCGCAUGCGGGAGUGUGACAUGCGUGUUGAUGCGCUCUCGACAUCAGUUGAACAUGUGCAAGCAGAGGUCCAGGAGAUUCAAUCAGCAGUCGAUGAGCUCAAAACUGAUACCAAAGCUGAAUUCACCAAUAUCAGAAGUGACAUAUCAGAAGGCAACAACACCAUCAUGAGUCAGAUGCAAAACCUCUUUCAGAAGAUGCAGAGUGAGUUGCAGACCACCCUGAGUGCCAACAAAGAUGCAGGGAUCGAAGCAGAUGCCAAGAGACCUAGGCAUUGA